AUGGCUUUGGCUUACCAAACCAAUCAUACGGUGCUAGAAGUAGAUACUGGAGAUCAAACGCCACCGUCCUCCUCCGCUCUUCGUCAGUGGUGGUCACGACCAAUAGCGACUUAUCCGGCAUCUAAUGAUCGUGAACCAACAUGUAUGGAGGCUACGGCUCAUAUUACACCCUGUUGCGGCGGCUUAUUCACCGUAAUCGCCGUCUUCUGCAUCUUCUUAUUAGUCGUCGACAAAUCUCUCCCCCACGCCAAAUUCUCCAUCCAAGCCAUCGACGUUUUUCACUCAGACGUCGCCACGUGGCACGUCGAUUUCCUCGUGAAAAAUCCAACCUCGAGAUAUUCGAUAUACUACGACGGCGAUGACGCUUCCGUGAGGCUCGGUCCUCUAAACGCCGCCGUUUUAAACAUCUCUCGAAGACGUGAGUCUAGAGAUGUUACGGUUUUGUCGUUGGUUUUUGUUGGCGAGGAGGGGAAUGGAAACGACGUCGUUUCAGAACCGCUUGACGUCAAACUCAAACUCAGGGGGAAGCACAAGCGUUACGUUGAUUCUGAUGAAGCUGGACACUUUGAUGUACGAUGUCAAAAUCUUACACGAAGCCAUGAGAACAUUCACAAGAUUAUAUGUCAAUCUUGUUUCACGCCUUUGAAUAUGUUGUACCUUUGA